AUGAUACCGAUAAAGUCGUUGGACUUGCCGACUGAUAUAGAUGUAACGAAGAUAAGCUGUGGUGGUAACCAUACAGUGAUAUUACUCUCCACUGGCAGAGUCUUGGGAUGUGGUGAUAACUCCCUAGGCCAACUUUGCUCCGAUGAUCAAGCCAAACAGAUUAUCGGGUGGAAGGAGAUUUGUUCAGGGUAUAAUGUCAUAGAUGUUACCUGUUGCUGGGACUCCACUACUAUCGUUACAGCCGAUGGGAAAGUUUAUAGCAGGGGUUCUGGUUUAAAAGGUGAACUAGGGCUUGGUAGUAGUAAUCUAGAGAAUAAAUCCAACUUUGAAUUGGUAAUGGACUGCUCUAAGUAUGCAGGUUACCGAGUUUAUUCAUCUUUUCAAAACUGCAUAUUGGUACUGGACAAAAAAGAAGACAAUGGUAGCAUUGUCUAUGCAUGGGGAAACAAUACUAAAUGCCAAAUAAACGAACCCAAGAGUAGAAGACUGGCUAGUCCCAUAGUAAUGUAUGAAACCUUUGAAAUCAGAGUGGCUAACGUAGUGAUGGGCAAAGAUUUCAACCUGCUCAUGACCCCACAAGGUAAGAUCAUUCAUGUCAAUGGUAAAACCCCAGAAGAUUUUACUAAAGAUUUUGAAACACGAUGGAAGUUUGCUAAAGAACUUGAGGUUAAAAGUAUGUGGAGUUCUAUUCACAUUAGAGAUAAAUCGGAUCCGAAUAAGAUACACUCCUAUGGGAACAAUAUUCAUGGCCAAGUAUUCGACCAAAGCCAGCUAUCACCUAGUGAAUGUAUUGCUAAUUUCACUACUGGCAGUGAACACGGCAUACUGGUAUCAAAGGACAGAGACCAUAACGACCACGAACUGUAUCAAUUGAGUUGUUGGGGUUGGGGUGAACACGGUAACUGUGGUUCAGUGCAAGACCAUGAAGAAAAGCAAUGGGUAAACGACAAACAUAAUGUCACAAGUCCCUUAAAUCCAGUUGCAAAAGCCAUUUCAAGACCAAUGGUCUAUGGAGGUUGUGCAACUACAUGGAUUGUAAGCAAUGACACAUUAGCAAUUCUGUAA